CAACAGACACACAACAUGGGUUUCAAGAUUUGUCUUCUGAUUCUGUUCCACAUUUGGGGUAUAACCUAUUCAACACAAAACGUGAUAGAAAAUCAUUUUGGGGUGAAAUCACUGAAGGAUUCAUUUUUCCUGGCUAGUCGUCACGGUUCACUACGAGAAGAAACAGCAGGUAUCAUGAACACUUUACGCCUUGACCAUGAUAUAAACAUCACUGUUACCGACUUACCACUUGAUCAACCAAUGCCAGGAUAUGAACAUUAUUCAACUCUAAGUUCCUGUCCUUGGAAAUAUGUUAUAACACGAGAUGUUAAUCGAAUACCAUCAGCAAUGAUAGAAGCCAAGUGUUUGAAUGCCAACUGUCAGAGCGUUAACACAAACCAUGAUCUACACUGUAGGACUGCUUGCCAUUGUCAAGAGGUAUACCGAUUUGUUCAAGUUAAAAGGAAAUCAACUUCUGAUGGACGUAGGUCACAGUAUUCAAAAGUGUGGGAAAGAUUAGCUGUUGGUUAUAAUAAAACACCUAAAAUCAUGAAUAUGCUGUACACUUUUGUUUUGUUUCUUGGAAUAUUGAUUCAACCAAUCAACUCUAAGAUUCUUGAUCCAAAGGAGCUUAUUCAGAGUAUUUCGUCCUAUAAGGAAGCAUGCUCAGCUGUUGGAUACGAGAGAAAAUUAUGCUCAUAUCGCUCAAAGAAUAACAAAAUGGCUGUAGCUUUCCAUGCAAAGAUGAAAAAUUCGCAAAACAAUUUGAAAAGCAACCAGAAGGUUUUAUUUGAACAUGUAUUCCUUAACAUUGGCAGUGGCUACGAUGCAAAAACUGGUGUAUUUACAGCGCCAGUGGACGGAAUUUACCGCUUUGACUGGACAACAUUGGCAGCGCAGAAGAAAUAUUUUAUUACUUUUCUUGUCAAGGAAAACGCCCAAAUUAGCUCUAAUUACUGCGCAGACAUAUAUGACAAUGAAUAUGGCCAAUGUACUUCCUCAGCUAUCGUAGAGAUGAAGGCAAAUCAAAAAGUCUGGAUAAAACCGUAUGGCGGUUAUGCACAAGGUGUAACUGGUAGCUACAGUUAUUUUUCCGGGUAUAUUAUAUAA